AUGAGAAUCAACUCCAUACAAACUGACGCUAUCAAGAUAAACAACUUGGAAGUAGAGGACAUCAAAGACUUCACCUACUUAGGAAGUAUUGUCAGUACAUCAGGGGGCACAGACGAAGGCAUCAAAGCAAGAAAAAGGAAGGCCCAGCAAGCUUUUGCCAUGUUAAGACCAGUAUGGCGAAAGAAGGCACUGAGAACACGCACCAAGAUUAGAAUCUUCAACACCAACGUGAAGUCUGUUCUACUAUAUGGGUCUGAAACCUGGAGAGAAACAUCAACAUCCAUGAAAUCAGUCCAGGUUUUUGUAAACAAGUGCCUGAGAAACAUCCUCGGGAUAAGGUGGCCAGAUGUUAUAAGCAAUGCAAACCUGUGGAAGAGGACCAACCAACAACCAGUAGAAAUCACUAUCAGAACACGCAGAUGGAACUGGAUAGGGCAUACACUGAGGAAACCCAGUACUAACAUCACAAAACAAGCCCUAGAAUGGAAUCCACAGGGACAGAGAAAGCGGGGACGGCCAAAGAACACCUGGCGCAGGGUAUUAACAUCAGACCUGAAGAAAAUUGGCAAGACCUGGGGAGAAGCUAAGACCAUUGCACAAGACAGAGGGAGAUGGAAAGCCACUGUAGUCGCCCUAUGUUCCCCAUGGGACGAAGUGAAUUAA